AUCGUGAAGGAACAAAUGGCGUAUGAACCAAUCGUUGGUCACCGGCUACCAUCGGACUGCAUCUCCUUACGAUGCUCCACUGCCUUGUGAGCCAGACCUUCAGGUCGAAGGCUCCGGGUGUGGUCCCCUAAGAAAACCACUUGCUUCGGUUUGGGCACCCGGGCUGUAUAAUAGCCCACACACAAAUCAAGUGACUUAUAUAGCGCAUAUGUAUUCGGUACCUCUUUGUACCAAUUUUUGUGUUAAAAUAAAUAAAUAAAUAAAAUAGGUCGUCCUAUUUAAAACUAACUUGAACUAGGCCCAGUCACUGAUUUGAAAAGUAAUUUUAAAUGCUAUGUAUUCGGUCCAUUAAUUUAUUUCUACUUUCUCUAUCUUAAUUUUACAUUUUUUGUUAAGUUUGUUUCUUAAGGUAUCUUAAGUUUUUUCAUUAGUCAUGUGAACAAUUGAUGACAUCGAAUAACAAAUAUCUUUCAGAUGCCCUCAUAUGGAUUCAAUAUCACAGUUGGUUUGGAAUAUUUUUGUCAAGUAUGCUACGAUAAUACCUUAAUACAGCAAUAAAACUAGUCACGUUAUAUUAGAUCCAGUAUUCGCGACCUAGAAUAGUGUCAGAUUAACACUAGAUAAUACUUCAUCCAAGGAGUUACUCUCAGUAAGUCCGGAGUAUAAUUCAGUUAGAGGAAAGAAAAUCAUAUUGAAUAGUCAGUAGGCUAAGUGCCUGUUUGUCCAGUCAUAUUUUACUUUCAAUACCACAUCAGAAUUAUUAUUGUUAUCUUAUUGUUUUGUGGGUAUUUGAACGUCACCCACACAUUUUUACUUGUUAUAUUGUGAUCAACAAUACAGCCAUCUCAUUUACCUUUUAUCUCAUUAACUUUAUCACAGUAAGCUAGUGUAAUGCUGUGAAGUGACCUAAUACAUGUUUGUGCUAGGUCGACAAAAUAUUCUAGUAUGUCUGACACUUUUAAUGUAAACCUCAAUUCGGAGAUAAAAUUGUAGGAAUAGUUGCAUGAAUAUUAGUAAAAUACUAAAAAAGGAGUGGGUUGAAAUAAGUGAGGUAGGGAAUAACACAUUGGAUAUGGCGUAAGUGUGAAUGCAUAGUAAAUCCUAAUAUUAAGGGGUUAAAGGGAAUCGCCAAGGAACCCUAGGCUUGAGUCUCGUGCUAUAUGAUGCUCCUUAGUUGCGACUAGAAUGACUCAGUAGUAAUGGUAUCUGUCACUGUGACACUGAUUGACCUGGACUGGAGUCCAACAGGAAACAUCAGUCCCACCAAGAAUGUGCAGGUAAAUCUUACGGAUGUCGAGUGGCAAUUCACACAAAAGUCUGAUUCAUGGUUUCUUAACGAUUUCGUGCAAUCAACUAACAUAGCGAACUUGCAAGUCGUGGUUAAAGCUAGUAGGUACAUUGUAAAGAUGAUCAUUACUAACAGACGAGAAAAACAUGUUAUUAGCUACGCACCGUUCAGUGACCGCUCAUUAUUAGUAAUAAAUCCAUCUUCAAUUAUAGAUAAUAGUUACGUUAUUGACUAUAUUAUCUAUCGUUUGACUAUAUAUUCUGCAUUCUUAUAGAUAUAUUUGUUUUUAGCGGAAGAAUGUAAUUAUGAUAACACUAUGGAUGACAGCCUAAUAGAUAAUAAGUUGGGAAUUUUGCGAGAUAAUCAAUCGUUGUAUUUCGAGGAUAGUUUUAAACGACUGAAACUGUCGUGUGGUUUUUGCAACAAGACGUUUUCAACAAUUACUGGACGGGACCGUCACAUUAAAAGCAUUCACAAAAGAAUAAAAUAUUCAUGUAUUAAAUGUGACAGAAAGUUUUCAAGUAAAUUCCAUUUAAUUGAACACAAGAAAGUUAUUCAUGAAGGUAUUAAUCUUUCAUGUGAUGAAUGUGACAGGAACUUCACUACGAAAUCCCAACUAACUAGACACAUACAAUCAAUUCAUCAAGGAGUGAGGUUUGCUUGUGGACAAUGUGACAAGAAAUUUACAAAACCGAGUACAUUAAAUGAUCAUGUUAAAGUUAUCCAUGAAGGUAUGAUUAAAGAAAAAAUCAAAUAUGAUUUAUUAUUUUGA